UUUGUCUCAAAGACUUUACAACAUGUGGAAGUGUCUAGCGCUUAUAAUUUGUGUACAUACGAAACUGGUGUAUACAGAUGACGCUUGGCGUCACGUGAAUAUUACCCAGGGAGAAGUGCGCGGCCGUAUGGUCCCUGAAGGCGGUGUUUACGCGUUCUACAACAUUCCUUAUGCCACUGCACCCACGGGUUCUAAUAGAUACAAGGCUCCCCUUCCUCCACCAGUAUGGUUGACCCCGUUUAUAGCUGAAGAUCGUAAGAUAAUCUGUCCACAAUCUUGGCCAGAAUCACUGAAUAUCCAAGAAGACUGCUUAGUGGCCAAUGUGUAUGUUCCUGAUACUGAAGAGACUAAUCUACCCGUGUUAGUAAACGUCCACGGCGGAGGUUAUCAAACUGGUUUCGGAACGCUUUCAGAAUUUAACGCUUUAGUAAAAACCAAGAAAUUAAUAGUGGUUACAUUUAACUACAGAUUAGGUGUUCAUGGCUUCCUAUGUCUUGGUACUGAAUUUGCCCCUGGUAAUGCGGGACUGAAGGAUAUGGUAGCGCUCCUGCGUUGGGUAAACACAAAUAUUGCCAGUUUCGGUGGAAACCCUGAUGAUGUGACUCUAGCCGCCUGCAGUGCCGGAUCUGGUGCGGUUGAUUUCCUUACUCUUUCCAGUGCUACAAAAGGAUUAUUCAAGAAAGCUAUCAUGGAAAGUGGCGUCAGUAUUGGCGGUGUUGGAGCACAAAUCGAUCCAAUACAAAAUGCGAAAAACUUUGCUCAAGUACUGAAUUUUGACGAUGUUGAAGAUUUAAACAACUUGGAAGAAUUUUAUAAAACUGUUUCAUUUGAGCAAUUGAUCUCUCGUCUUGAUGCUAUAGUAAAUAAUGAAGGAGUUACAGUGAGAUUUGGACCAUGUGUAGAAAAAGAUAUUGGACAAGAAAGAAUCGUAUCAGAUGUUCCUAUGGAUAUUAUGAAAACAGGAAAUUACACAAAGAUACCUUUGAUGUUUGGAUUUACUGACAAGGAUGGUGCUCUAAGACUUUCAGUUUUUGAUGCUUGGAAAGACCGGAUGAAUGAGAAAUUCUCAGAUUUUUUACCAACAGAAUUACAUUUUGAUAGCAAAGAUGUUAAAGAACAAGUUGCCGAGAAGGUUAAAAAGUUUUAUUUUGGUGAUGAUACUGUUGGUGAUCACAGUAUUGUGUCUUUUAUAAAUUACAAUACCGACGUUUUAUUUGCAUAUCCAAUGUUAAAAGCUUUGUCAACGCGUAUAGAAGCUCUCGAUGAUACAAUAUAUCUAUUUGAAUAUUCGUUUGUGGAUGAAGACACUCCCAGUUUCCCACAUACAGAAGUAGUUGGUGCUGAUCAUUGCUUUCAGUAUAUAGCAGUUAUGGAUGAAGAUGUUACCAACCGAACGGAAGAGUAUAAGCAGAUGAAACAGAUUGUUAGAAACAAUUGGAUUAAUUUCGUUUUGACUGGUGCACCCUUAACUAGAGAUUUAGACCUGCAAUGGCCACCUGCAAGCGUACAAAGAUCUCCAUAUAUGUCUUUGGGUCGAGACAUAGUGCUGAGGGAUAGCAGUCCUAUUGCGGAGAGAGCAGCUUUCUGGGAUGAAAUUUACAAAGAACAUUACAGAGGGCCUAUUGUUGACAAGGAUCCUGUAGCGCCUAGUCCUGGCGACGCCACAUCAUUGAUAAUCUCAAAUGUUACGAUAUUUGUAGCAACUUAUUUAUCAUUUCUUUUGAAUAGACACUAAGCAUUAUUUGUAGUUUAGGUUAAAAG